AUGGCCGCCCCUAAACCAUGGGAAACUUCAGUACCAAUGUCAAGUCAACCAAUGCCGACUUCAUUUGACACAAUGAAUAAUGGCUUGAUGCCAACAAUUGAAAAUCCACGAACCCAGGGUGUUGCACCUCCUCCUCCUCCCCGAACAGUUCAACAGCAAUAUGGUCUUUAUCCUCCAUCGAAUUAUUUAAAUCCAUAUUCAUUGAAUCCAUAUCAAGCAGGAAAUUAUUAUAAUAAUUAUCGCUUCACACCUUAUGGUGCGCAAUCAAAUAUUCCCGUUAGUAAUUUUGCUCAAUUAGCUAUUGAUGAAUCUCGUUCAGCAUUUUCAUCAAUUGAAUCCAUAAUACAUACAUUUCGCUCAAUAUCACUAAUGCUCGAAUCCACAUUUACAAGUGUUUAUUCAUCAUUUCGUGCUGUAACUGAUGUAUUAGAUCAUUUUACACGUAUACGACAUGAAAUAACAGCAAUUUAUCCACUUGUUUUAAUAUGGAAAUUUUUAAAAUAUCUUUAUCAUCGUUUAUUACGUUUACUUCAUUUACGACAAACAACACAGGGAAAUACAGAAGAAACAUGGUCAGCUAUUUAUAACAGUUUACAAAGAAGUACAACUAAUGCAAAUGAACCACCAGUAGGAGCAUCAUCAUCAAGCUUGCUUGUUGCACUAUUUUUUAUUGUUUCAUUGGGUACACCAAUAUUAAUGUUAAAAUUUAUUAAUUCUAUUAUUAAGAAAAAACAAUCUGUUAAUAAUAGUUGGUUAGAACAACAAAAUAAUCAAGCACAAGUUGUGGCAUUAUAUGAUUAUGUAGCAAGAAAUUCUGAUGAAUUGUCUUUUACACGAGGAACAACUAUUUAUUUAGCACCCAUUGGUUUGCAAUCGACAAGUUCUCACUGGUUUGUUGGUACGAUUGAUCGUAUUCAUACAGGUUUAAUACCAGCUAAUUAUGUUCAACCAGUUCGACAACCAACAAAUUCAAGUAUAACUCUUCGUCCGCAGACACCUUUUAAUGCCACAUCAGCUGCUCCUGCCUCUUCUCCACCAACAUCUUCGUCUACUGUUACCAAUAUUCCACAGUCAACCUUUAAUGCAGAAGAAAAACCGACAUUAUCAUGA